GCGCCCGCGAGGAGCAUGGAGGACUUCGGCCACUUCUCGGCGCGGCCUCACCGGGACCUCGGAGAGCGCGCGUCCUCGGCGCGGCUGCGCCGGUCCCGGCCCCAGACCCGGCCGGCUCGGGGCUGCUGGGCCGGGGCUCCCGGCGAGGGGAGCGAGGCCGCGGCUCCCUGGCCUCCCCGCCACCAGUCCCCCGACUCCCCGCGGGAAAGCCGCAGCCUGAGCGACGUGGCGCAGAGGCCCCCCGACGGCGCCAGGAAGCACCGGCCCCGCAGCUGGCGCCCCAGAGAGGCCUGGGGGGAGCCGAGGAUCCAGCCCCAAGCGCGGGGCAGCCGGCACAGCCCGGCCUGGCCGCUCCAGUUCCAGCUGUCACCCCAACAGCCGCUGCGCUGCCACCACUACCCCCCAGCCCAGGGAGACUCGCCCCCACCGUACCCCGAGGGCGCUUACACCCCGCUAAGUGGGAUGUUCGGGGCAGAAGAGGGGCAGAGUGGGGACCCGUGGGCGGUGCCGGUCUGCGGAGGUCUAGACCGCUGGUCCCUGUCCUCGCUGCCCUCCGAGAAGUCCUCGGCGCCCUCCCAGGAGUUCAGGACGCUGUCCGCCUGCGCGUGCGCCCCCAAGAGGGACGGUGGGGACCGGCUGGCGUCCCUCGCCAGCCAGUGCCUCCAGCCCGCGCUCUCCGGCAAGGAGACGAAGAGCCAGCACACCCAGAUCCUCAAGAACAAGCUGGACGAGGCGGUGGUGUCGUCCCGGGACCAGAAGAUCGUGGCCCUGGUGCUGACCCGGCUCAAGAAGGCGCAGAGGAUGCGGGAGCUGCAGCAGCAGGCGGCGGCGGCCUGGGAGGAGCUCAAGCGCUCGGACCACAAGGUCCAGGUGACCCUGGAGCGCGAGCGCAAGCUGCUCCUGCAGCAGAACCGGGCCCAGUGGCAGCGGGAGAAGGAGCAGCGCAAGACGCGCCUGGGCCGGGAGCCGCGUGCCCCGAGGGGGCGCGACAGCCAGGCCAAGCCCGCGGCCCAGCCGGACAACCUGUGGACGGCGCCGCCGCCUCCGCCGCCGCCCGAGGACCAGGACGCGCAGCGCCAGGACCGACCCGAGCGGGCCCGCCCGGAGGCCGCCAAGCCCAGGAGGCCGGGCCCGGCGCCGCGCCUGCGGGAGCGGGAGCUGGAGCUGGAGCAGGAGCUGGAGCUGGAGCGGGAGCUGGAGAAGACGCUGUCGGAGCAGCAGCGGAAGCAGACCAGCCUGGAGCAGCCGGGGAGGCCGGAGCCGCCCACGACGUGUCCCCAGAAGCAGCCGCCCCCCGCCGAGGGCCAGAAGAAGGUGCGCGAGGCCAACCUGAGCUCCCUGGUCAAUUUCCAGGCCCGGAAGGUGCUCAUGGACUGCCAGGUCAAGGCCGAGGAGCUGCUGCGCAGGCUGUCGCUGGAGCAGAGCUCGCAGCGGGCGCAGGAGCUGCACCAGGGCCUGGUGAAGGAGCGGCACCGGGAGCUGCGGGACCGGGCCCGCCGGGAGGAGGAGCAGUACCAGCAGGUGCGGCUGCGCGCCGAGGAGCUGGAGGAGCAGCGGCGGGUGCGCAAGCGGCUGCUGGUGCGGCUGGCGGAGCAGAAGAUCCAGCAGGCCCGCAGCAGCGCGCACCGCAGCCUCGGCGACCGGGCGCAGCACGUCCGGGAGCUCAACCUCCUGCGGGAGAAGAACCACCACAUCCUGAAGCUGAAAGCCGAGAAGGAGGAGAAGUGCCACAUCGAGGGCAUCAAGGAGGCCAUCCGGAAGAAGGAGCAGAGGAUGGAGCAGCUCUCCCAGGACAAGGAGGCCGCCUCCGAGGGACCCCCGAAGGCCUCCAGCGCCUGCAGGCGGGACAGCGGGAAGGCGCCUGCCCGCGGCUCCUCCUACGACCGCCUGGACGCCGACGACGACCAGCUCCGAGGCGGCUACUGAGAACCCGCAGGAGAUGGGGCGACGUGAUUCCUUUUAUAACCUGACUAUACGUGUGAGCAUUGAUUUUAAGAAAAAAAAAAAGUAUAAAAUAGCUGCGAUUUCCUCUCA